AUGAAACAUUUGACUCUCUCUACAGUCUUAUUUUUCCUCUCUUCCCUUCACACUGCUUCUCAGACACUUGACAAGGGGAAAUUUUUAAUCUACAAUGUGGACACUCAGCUGUGUUUGGAGGCUCAGAGCUCUGGAGCAGUCACAGCAGCUGCCUGCAAGACAAACACAGAGUCACAAGAGUUCAAGUGGGUGUCUGAGCAGCGAGUGCUGAGCGUGGCCUUUGCACAGUGCUUGGGAGUGCCCCACAGGCAAAGCCAGGCCCACAUCUCUUUGUACUCCUGCCACCAGCAAAGGGCAUUCCUGACAUGGGAGUGCAGAAAUGGGACCCUGGCACUCCAAGGGGAAAGCUUAUUUCUCAGUGCUGGCAACAGGCAAGAGGACAAUGCUGUGCUGAGCACAGGACCAGCCCAGAGGUGGAGGAUCUACGGAACCAGGGAGGAUUUGUGCUCUCGAGGCCAUGAAGAGCUGUUCACCCUGGCAGGAAAUGCCAACGGAGCUGCCUGUGCCUUCCCCUUCCGGCUGGGGGGCAGCUGGCACAGCGAGUGCACGGCGGCUGGCAGGGCUGACGGCUUGCUCUGGUGUGCCACCACCCCCAGCUUCGACCAGGACCAUCUCUAUGGCUUCUGUCCCACUGGCUACACAGACAGAUUCUGGAGCACAGAUCCUUUGACAGGAGCACACUACCAGGUAAACCACCAGGCAGCUCUCACCUGGCACCAAGCAAGGCAGAGCUGCCAGCAGCAGGAAGCAGAACUGCUGAGUGUCACAGAGCUCCAGGAGCAGCAGUAUCUGAGAGACUUGAUUGACAGCAAGAGAUCCUCUCUCUGGAUUGGGCUUAACCACCUGAACCUCAACAGCAGCUGGCAGUGGAGUGGUGGCCUUCCCUUCAGGUACCUGAACUGGGCACCAGGAAGCCCUGAGCCUGAGCCUGAGCACCUCUGUGCAGUCCUGAACCCCAGAAGAGAUGGGAAAUGGGAGGCUCAGCCCUGUGAGCUGAAACUUGGCUACAUCUGCAAAAAGGAAAACUCCACUCAGGAUCUCCUCAGUCUCCCAGCAGGACACUCAGAGCCUGUUCAGUGCCCAGAAGGAUGGUUGGCCUAUGGAGAUCACUGCUUCAUGCUUCACAGAGACCGCAGAGCAUGGCAUGAAGCCCUAAAGUCCUGCAAUGAGAGCCAUGGCAAUCUGGCCAGCAUCCACAGCCCCCAGGAGCACAGCUCCCUGCUCUCUCAGCUUGGCUACAAAUCUGUGGAUGAGCUGUGGAUUGGUCUGAAUGAUCUCAACACCCCAAUGUUCUUUGAAUGGAGUGAUGGCACUCCUGUGACAUACACCAGAUGGCUGCCUGGAGAACCAACCCAUGCCAUCCACAGGCAGGAAGAUUGUGUCCUUCUGGCUGGAGAGGAUGGGCACUGGGCAGACAGUGCCUGUGACAGAGAGCUGGGCUACAUCUGCAGAAGAGACCCUGUACAAGGAGCUCCUGGGAGAGCAGAGGAGAACCCUGGCUGCCCAAAGGGCUGGCAAAGACAAGGGUUUCACUGCUACCUGGUUGGACACACCUCUGAAACCUUCUCAGAAGCAAAGAGAGCCUGUGAAAGGGGCAGUGGCUAUUUAACAACUAUAGGAGACAGGUAUGAGCAAGCCUACCUGACCAGCCUCCUUGCUCUGCGCCCCGAGAGGUCCUUCUGGAUCGGUCUCUCUGACACCAAGGAGCAAGGGAUGUUCACCUGGGUGACUGGAGAAGGUGUCCUCUACACACACUGGAAUGCAGCCAUGCCUGGGAAUGAAGCUGGCUGUGUUGCCCUGAGGACUGGAACCGCAGCUGGACUCUGGGAUGUUCAGAACUGUGACAUCAAGGCAAAAUUUCUCUGCAAAAAAAUGGCUGAGAAGGUCACUCUUCCUCCUGCUCCUGAGACCCCUUCUGAUGCCAAAUGUCCCCUGGGUUGGGACACAAGGAACAGCACUCAUUUAUGCUUCAGGCCUUUUGUGAGAGAGGAAAACCAAAAGAAAACAUGGUUUGAAGCCCAGGAUUUCUGCAGACACAUAGGAGGAGAUCUGGCUGCCAUUACAAGUGAAGAGGAGCAAAUGGUGGUGGAAAACUCAAUAAUGAGAAAAUCCUCAUCACUUCAGCCUUUCUGGAUAGGUUUGCAGUGCCUGGACCCUGAGGGUGGGCUCUCCUGGAGCGAUGGAUCACCGGUGAAUUACAAGAAAGAUGGUUCCUUUUACUGCGCUGGGUUUGGAUGCUGUGGAGCCAUCAGUGAUUCCAUGGCAUGGACUGCUGAGCGCUGUCAAUACAGUCACAGCUGGGUUUGUCAGAUAAAGAAAGGGACAACCUUAAAACCAGAACCUGCUCCUUCUGCCACCUACGAAGUCACAGAAGAUGGCUGGGUGGUCCAUGGAGACAAGCAAUACUUCCUGAGCCAAGAAACUGCCUCCAUGGAGCAAGCCAGAGCCUUCUGCAGGAGCAGCCACGGCGAGCUCGCCACCAUCGGCGACAACAGCCAGCGGAAAUUCCUCUGGAGAUAUGUCUUGAAAAAUGGCAAAGUGAACUCCUACCUCAUAGGAUUAACUCAGCCUUCCUAUCACCAGCUGAGAUGGAUGGAUGGCAGCCCAGUGAAUUACACAGCCUGGGCAGAGAAUCAGCCCAGCUUUUCACAUGGGUUAGAAAACUGUGUAGUCUUAAAUAAAGAGGAUGGCCUGUGGAAUGAUGUCAACUGUGGUUUUUCCAAUGGCUAUAUCUGCCAGAGGCACAAAAGGGCUGAAAACCAACUACCUCCUUCAGCAGUGCCUUCACCUCCUGGAGGCUGUCCUGAAAACUGGCUUUUCUUUAAAAACAAGUGUUACAAAUUCUUUAGCUAUGCCUAUGUGAACUGGAAUACUGCAAGGAGAAGGUGUCUGGACCUUGGAGGAGAUCUGGCAAGCAUCCACAGUGAGCAAGAACAAGCCUUUCUCACUCUCCAGCUGAAGAAUGUUUUCCUUGAGCCCUGGAUUGGCUUGAAUGAUAUAACCAGUGAACUCAACUUCAUCUGGUCUGAUGGAAGUGCUGUCUCCUACAAAAACUGGGCUCCAGAUUCCCCCAAAGAUGGAGAUCGUGUUCUCUUCGACUCUCUGCACCCAGAGGAUGGCCACAACCUCCAACAGUUUGAUUGUGUUUCUCUGAAGAAAGGUCCUGCUGAGGACAUAGGAAAAUGGGACAACAAGGAGUGCUACAAAGCCUUAGGGUACCUAUGCCAGAAGAAAAGUGAUCCUGAGCUUUUUCAGCCACCUGCAACAGGACUGGCCUUGGCUUCUGCCCGCUCUGGUGGCGUCAGCUAUUCUGUCACCCGGUCCAGAAUGUCCUGGGAGGAAGCCCGGAAAAGCUGCAACAACAACGGCUCCGAGCUCGCCAGUGUCUUAGACCCAUACAGCCAGGCACUGCUCUUCUUGCUUGCCCAGGAACACAGAGAGCCUCUCUGGAUUGGUCUCAACAGCAACAUGACCAAGGGCAAUUACCAAUGGACUGACAGAUGGAGAUUAGGUUACAGCAAAUGGGCCAGAGGGGAGCCAAAGCAGAGGUUAGCAUGUGUUUACCUGGACACUGAUGGCACCUGGAAGACAGCUUCCUGCAAGGACAAACUCUUCUCUGUCUGCAAAAAUUCAGCUGAAAUGGCCCCUACUGAUCCCCCCCAACUCCCUGGGAAAUGCCCUGAAGCAAGAGGACACACAUCUUGGGUACCUUUCCAUGGGCACUGCUACUACUUUGAGGCCUCCAGAAAGAGAACCUGGUCUCAGGCUCGUGAGGAAUGUGCCAGACUAGGUGCCAACCUGGUGUCAGCAGGAGACUACACUGAAGCACACUUUCUGUCAGACACCAUAAAGAUACUGUAUGGAAAAUCACUGAACUUCUGGAUUGGGCUGCAGAGGACUGAUGAAGGAGAGUGGGCAUGGACAGACAAAUCUGGGCUGGGCUUUGCCAACUGGCAACUGGGAGAGCCUGCAAACAGAAAGUACAAAGACUGUGGAGAAGUGUGUGCACUAACUGGCUACUGGAACACCAAUGUCUGCUCAUUCAGAAAGGGAUAUAUCUGCAAAAAGCCAAAGACUGCAGUGAGCAGAGAGAUGUCUCCUGAAAAUCCAGAAGGGAAGAUGGAGCAAGGACUUUCCACUGGCACCAUCUGGCUGCUCGUUCUCCUGGCCCUGUCUCUAGUGGGAGCUGGAAGUGCUAUGUAUUUCUGCUUGAGGAGGAGAAGACAAACCCUGAGGGAUACUUCAACCAGUAUGAGUGCCCUGGAAGCACCUGUGGGUACCCAGGAGAAGGAUGCUCACACCAACAUGUAACCUGACAGAGCCAGCUGCUGACUUGAUGAAACCUCAGGCCAGCUUGGCAUUU